UGGAACAUAGAUAACAAAAAAUAUUGAAAUUAAAACAGAGAAUGUACAGAAAUUAAACUUCAAAUUUGAUGCCACUUUUCGGGCUCAGUAUAGUUGUGACGUGGAUGUUUACCGUGGUGCAGCACUGGGGUCCUGGAGCGCAGCCGCUUCAAAGACCUCUGGGCUUCAAGGUUAUCAGUUCCUGAAGUUCUGGUGUUAGAAUUUGGUCCUUCUCUUGACUCAUAUAGGUUUCCAGCUGCUGAAGAGUUUGUGGUCGUCUUUGACAUAUUUUUAUUUGUCUAAAGAUGGGCCAAAUGUUCUCUAUAUGAAAGUUCUGGACUGCAGCAGAUCAGCUCAGUUCUGGACUCUUCUUCUGUGAAGUCAUGCUGUAGUAAUAUCUGCUGUGUGUGGUUUAGUAUUGUCUUCCUAAAAUACACAAGACCUUCCUGAAAUAGACGUCAUCCGGAGGGGAGCAUAUGUUGCUCUAAAACCUUUAUAUACCUCUCAGCAUUCAUAGUGUCUUCUUCCAGAACAUGAAGCUGCUUGUACGGUAUACACUUAUACACCUCCAUACCAUCAGAGAUACUGCUUCUGAACUCAACUGAAACACACUGAAGAUCUCUCCUCUUUAGCCCGAAGAACACAGUGUGUGUGAUUUCUAACAAGACCGUCAAAUUGGGACUCAUCUGACCAUAGAAGACUUUCCCACUUUGAGUCUUGACCCUCAGGACACAACAAGCUUCUGAACCGUGUUCACAUUUAGCUUCCUUUUAUCAUGAUAGAGCUUUAGUUGUCUUUUGCAGAUGACUCUGAGGACUGUGUUUACAGACAGAGGUUUCUGGAAGUAUUCCUGGACAUCCAGUAAUGUCUGAAUCAUGUGAUGAGUGUCGUCUGAGACCUGAAGACCACGAGCAUCCAACAAAGAUCUUCAGCCUUGUCCCUUACACAGAGAUUUCUUGAAGAACAUUGUUUUUAAAGUAUUUUUACACACUAUUUCACAGACUAAAGAACCUAUUUCGGAGAGAUGCUUCUUCUCUAAGACAUCCCAUUUAUAACUAAUCACGUUACAGACCAAAUGUAAAUUAAUUUAAUUAGCUGCUAGAUAUUCUCCCAGCUGAAUCUUUUCAAACUUUCUUGCUUUUUCAGCCCCUUGUUGCCAAAUUUUUGAGACCUGUAGCAGGCAUCAAAUUUGAUAAAAAUUUUGAUAAGAAAAGUCUUACAACUAUACAGAUUGUAUCAAAGCACUGCACAGUAUCAAAUAAGAGAACUGUGUGAUAGUAAUGUACAGUGACAAGAUUAAACACUCAUUUUUGUAAUUGUUUAAAAUUAACUGCAGAGACGGUCUCUGUAAUCAAAUUGAUGAUAAUCGCUAGAAAUGAAGUGUCCUCAACUAAGCAAACAGCGACACUAGGAGACAGCAGCAAGGAACCAAACCCCAUCCAUUACAGGGAAAAAACCUUGGGAGAAACCAGACUCAGUUGGGGCCAGUUCUCCUCUGACCAGACGACCAGCACUUAACUUGUCAGAUAGUGUAAAUGACUAAGUGAACGCAGCAGGACGGGCAGGACUAUAAUGUGAUAUCAGUAUGGAGUGUCCCCUAAUUCUACGACCCCUGCCUAAAAGUGUGUGUAAUAAUGGUCACUUACAUACAGUAACUAAUAAGACACAUUACUAUACUUAAUUUGUAGUGGAAGUACACACACUGUAAACUAAAGUGCUACCAGUUUAUCAGAUAUUCCACAUAAUACUAUUGCUUUCAUUCACUGGUCCGUUACUUUAAAUACAAGUCACGACUGACCAGUAUUGAGUAGUACUGAAACACUCAAUCAAAAAUCAUUUAACUGCUUUAUUGAUGUAUGCUGACUACAAAACUGUUAAAGAAAAGCAGCUUGUGAGAGUCAAGAACAAGAGCUAAAAAGAGAGAGUUAGUGUUUCUGCUUCUUGUACGUACUGAACACUCUUCAGAUAAGGAGGAGGAACUGCUGAGUGUGCUGUCAUUUCAGUUAUUGCCCUUCUGUUGACCAUUGGAAUUAAAUGUAUAUAUAGUCUGUCAUUUAAUUCAAUUAAACAAUAGAUCUAUCUUCAACCACAAACUUAAUAUUCAACCUAAAUCAUUAAAUUAAUUGUUUUCCGUUUUAAUGUAAUAUGAAGAUCAAGAUCAGGGUUUCUUCGUGAUUGAGAACAUCACAAAGGUUCUGUAGUUGCAGUAUUAAGAUAAAGCAUAUCUUAUAAAUGUUUUCUCUGUGUGAGUUUCUGUUUCGGGUGAGCGGGACUUUUAUUUUGGCGCGGCGACAUGACGUCAUAAGGCGGCGACGCGUUCUUGCGUCUGUUUCAGCUGCAGAAAGAUAGAGACCUGCUGAAGAGACCGAGGUCCAUGCGUCACUGUCAGAAAGAUGGCCUUUAUUAAAGAGGAGAGAGAAGAUGUGAAGAUUGAAAAAGCAUUUUCUGUCAAGUGUGAAGAUACCGAGGAACACACAGAGAAGACGUUUAUCAAACAUGAGAGUGAAGACGUGAAGAUUGAAGAAGCUAAACAUGAAGAUAUUAAAGAACAAACAGACCUGAUGACGCUGAAAGAGGAGAAUCAAGAAUUGAAUGCAAUUCAAAAGAAAAAUCAUUAUGACAAAUGUCAGGAUGUCAUGUCUGGGGAAAAAUCUUUUUCUUAUUCUCCGACUCAAAAAAUAGAAACUAGAUAUGUUGAAUUCCAGAUGAGAGUUCACACUGAUGAGAAGCCUUACACCUGCAAGCUGUGUGGAAAGAGUUUCCCAAAAAAACUAAGUGUUAAUGUUCACAUGAGAAAUGUUCACAAUGCAAAGAAGCCAUUCAAAUGCUCUCAGUGUGGAAAAAGUUUUAAACAGAAACGGCAUCUUAAUUCCCAUGUGUCAACUCACACUGGAGAGAAGCCUUAUACCUGCAAACUGUGUGGGAAGAGCUACACAAGAAAAGAAAAUCUUAAAUAUCAUAUGAGUGCUCACACUGGAGAGAGACCUUACACUUGUGAACUGUGUGGGAAGAGCUACAAAAGAAAGGAAAAUCUUACAUUUCACACAGGAAUUCACAGCGGAGAGAAAACGUUCAUCUGCUCUCAGUGUGGAAAGAGUUUUAAACAGAAGAAGUACCUCAAUGAUCACAUGACAAUUCACACGGGAGAGAAGCCGUUUGUUUGUGAUCUGUGUGAAAAGAGUUUCAGGUGUAAAGGACACCUUGAUCUUCACAUGAAGAGUCACUCGGGAGAGAACUGUUUUAUAUGUCAGCAGUGUGGGAAGAGUUUCUCACACAAAGGAAACUUUGAGAAUCACAUGAGAACUCACUCCGGAGAGAAACCCUUCACCUGUCCUCAGUGUGGAAAGAGCUUCACGGCUAAAGGAAAUCUUAAGAUUCACAUGAGAAUUCACACUGGAGAGAAGCCUUACAAGUGUCCUCAGUGUGACACCAGCUUCACGUAUCACACAGACCUGAAACGACACUGGAAAACUCAUUCCUGUCACACUGAGCAAAUUGGCAAUUUUAACAGUUAUCUGCACAUUCCUCAGAAGAAAGACAAUUCAGUUCUGAGUCCAAUUAAAACAUUGCAUUAG